UCUGUUUUAUUUUAUUUUUAUUUUAUAGUUUUUCUGCCCUUCUUGUUUUGUUUUCUUGCUGGCCUUAAUUUGUGUGGUGGGAUUUUCCGAUCCAUUGUUAAAUAUUCAGGUUAAAAUCAAAAGAAUUACACGUUCUUUGUUGUAAAGAAUUACAGACAAAUACUGUCACAAUCAGAAACCCCAACAAACUUUGAAAGACAGAAUCGCAGUUCGUAAUAGAUAACGAAAGUAUAUAUAAAUGUAUUUUCCGUUUAAUUUUUAUUUUUCUCAAUAUUGUAAUAACUGGUCAGAAUCGCAGUUUUUUUUUUUAAACAUUUGGCUUAAUUAAUAACAAAGUAUUAAAUGAAAAAAGUUUCAUUUUUUUAAUCUUUGCUUGGGUUAUUAUCAGUUAAUUUGCUAAUUUUGUAAUAAAUGGUCAGAGUCGAUGAUUGUUUUUGAAGCUUGGGCUUAAUAAUUGACGAAAGUAUUAUAUGCAUUUACUCUUUGCUUGCUUGGGUUGUUAAUAAUAUAUUGUCAUAAAUGUGUACUUUGUUGUGGUGACCGGAUUUGGGGUGUUGGGUUGGUGGGAAGAAUGAAUUCUGUAAUAAGUGUGCAUGCUUGGUCUUUGUGGGUUUUGAGGGAUGAAAAUUAUGCUGUGUUUUUUCGUGUGCAAUGAUCACGUGAUAAGUGAUUGGGUAUAUUUGAUUCCUGAUCGGGUAUUAUGGGUAAGCAUGAUUAGUAUCGUGCUUAAGUGGAUUGUGAUGGGUUAUUUCGCUUUUUAUUGGGUCUGGAAAAUUUGCAUUUCAAUAUUCAGUGCAGAGCAUCAUUAAAUACUCGGAGUCAGGUUUUGAUGAAGUAGAGAAACUUUGCUAUUGGGUAUUUAUGCUUUUACUACUUUACCCGAUAUAAUAUGAUGCUUGUGAUUAUUUUCAUUUCAAUUUAUUUACUGUUGUAAUUCCUUUUUAGCUUUUAAAGUGUCUUCAUCAUAAAGAACAUUCCUUGUUUUCUGUGUCGUGUGAAUCAUUUAAUGGAAUUCGGCUCGUUUUAUCUUGAUGAGGUUCGAUGCUCCUUCCCCUGUGCAAAAGAGAUAUCUGAAAGUAAAGGAAUAAAAAUAAAGGGAUGUGGAGCAGGGACUUUUCUUGGUUUUACACUUUUUCAAUUCUGUAAAUUUUAAGGAUUUCCUUCGUGGUUGUGAAAUAUUUGGGCAGGAAUCAUAAAAUAUAAGAUGGGACGAGUGAAUAAUGAAAUUGAGGAUGAAGUGCUUCCCAGUGAUGUGAGUGCAGCACAGUCAAAUGGUGAGAGUUAUGAAGGAAGUACCAGUGUUGUUCUGAAGAAAGGGCCGUGGACAUCAACUGAAGAUGAUAUUUUGGUGGAUUAUGUCAACAAAAAUGGGGAGGGGAAUUGGAAUGCAGUUCAGAAGCACACAGGGUUAUUACGUUGUGGAAAAAGUUGUCGGCUGCGAUGGGCUAAUCACCUAAGGCCAAAUUUAAAGAAAGGGGCGUUUACUGCAGAAGAAGAGCGGUUCAUUGCUGAACUUCAUGCCAAAAUGGGAAACAAAUGGGCACGCAUGGCAGCACAUUUGCCUGGUCGCACCGAUAAUGAAAUAAAGAAUUAUUGGAACACCCGGAUCAAGAGGCGUCAGCGGGCUGGGUUGCCACUUUACCCUCCAGAAGUGUCUUUGCAAGGUUUUCAAGAGAGUCAGCGUAACCAAAGCAAUGGUGGACUUAAUGGUGGCAAUAGAAUGCAUCUUGAUAUGUUGCAGAAAAAUAGUUAUGAGAUACAUGGUGCUAUAUUUGAUAGUCUGAAGGAUAAUCAGGGAAUCUUACCUUAUGCACCUAAGUUUUCCGAUGUUUCUGUUUGUGGCAAUAUGCUGAAAGGUCUUGAUUCUUCUUCUCAAUAUUGUAGCGUUAUGCCACCAGCAUCACCUAAGAACAAGCGUCUUAGAGAGUCAACAAUACCGUUUAAUGGUUCCAAGGAUAAGAAAAACAAUGGUCUAUAUCCAUUUUGUCAAAAUCGGGACAAUAAUUCUGAUAAGAUUGCACACUCAUUUGGAAUGCAAACACUCCUUGAUCCUGGUCCCUCCUCACACAACUCAAUGUGUUACAGCCAUUCACUUUCAAAUGGCAAUUCCUCUACUUCUAAGCCAACUUUUGAGGCUGUGAAGUUGGAGCUCCCUUCACUCCAAUAUCCAGAACUUCAUUUAGGUAGCUGGGGUACAUCUCCCCCACCUCCCAUGCUCGAGUCAGUUGAUGAUUUCUUUCAGUCUCAUACACCAAUUAGUACACUCGAGUCAGAUUGUUCUUCUCCACAAAAUAGUGGCCUGCUGGAUGCCUUACUUUAUCAGGCAAAGACUCUGAGCAGUUCAAGGAACCAUUGUUCUGACAAAGGUUCAAAUUCUUCUACUGCAACCCCUGGUGACAGAGGUGACAACUCUGCUUUGAAUGUGUACGAGACAGAAUGGGAAGAUUACGCCGACCCUGUAUCUCCCUUUGGUGCGACUUCAAUAUUGAAUGAGUGCCCUGCUCUUAUAGGCAGUGAGAAUUCAUUGGACGAACAGCUAUCUCUCCAGACAUUUACUGGCAAUAUUCCAAAAUUAGAGUUUGUUGAUCAGGUUUGGACUCCAGACAAUGAAAAUCAAACCUUGUCCUUCUUGAAUAUCACUCGUCCAGACUUAUUGUUUGCUUCAGAUUGGCAUGAGCUAGGUUUUGGGCAUGGCAAGAACCAGGCCAUCACAACUGAUACAACAACGACCCUUCUUGGAGACGAUUUUGCCGCUGACCAUAAGCAUAUGACUUCUGGAACUUCUCAGUCAAGUCAGGUGUGGGGUUUUGGUUCUUGUGCAUCGGCAGCCAAUAAUAUGCAUGCCCUCUGUCACCUAUCCGAUCUUGGUUAAGAACACUUCAUAGAUGUGUGAUUCUUUUAACAAGAUUGUCCAAUGUCAAUAUUUUCUGGACUGAAGAAGAUUUUAUGAGUGUGAUUUAUAGUACCAACAAAAGGGUCAGACUAAUGCUUUCUUAUGGCUUUGUCAAUUCUUUUUGGGUGUUGCAUGCAUUGUAUACCAUCAUGAAUCUUGUGGACACAAAUGCUUUUGCAGAUUCUGAUUAAAUUGUUUAACUGCAUUGCAGUUGAAACAUUGGAAUGCAUAUGGUUGGAUGGGUUA